UAUGCAAAAAAAGGGACGAAUUUGUGGUAAUGUGUGAGGAGACGCGGUUCAAUUUUCCUAUCGCCAUUACCGACCUUCCCUAGCAUUUAAAACCCUAGACCAUCCUCCAUUUUUUUCUCAGCUUGCGGGUGGUGCUAGUCUCCGUUGCUGGUGGAAACCACCCUGAUUCGGAUUUCUAGGGUUUGAGGGCAUGGCGCAAAGGGAGGAGGAGAGGGAGAUCCAGGUGACGGAGACGCUGACGCUUUGUGUGAACAACUGCGGUUUCUACGGCAAUCCGGCAACGAAGAACAUGUGUCAAAGCUGCUUCCAAGCUGCUCAGGCCAGAUCGGCGUCGCCUAUGCGUCCGACAAACUCGGUGAUGGCGAGAUCGGGGGAGAUCCGGCUGACUGGACUGGUGGAGAAGGGGAUUGAUGCGCCGGAGGGAGAACCGCCGGAAACCAAGGUUGCGGCGGCUACGCUGAGGGUGUCCAACAGGUGCUCGGGAUGUCGGAGAAAGGUGGGGCUGACGGGUUUUCGCUGCCGAUGCGGGGAACUGUUCUGCGGGGAGCAUAGGUACUCCGAUCGCCAUGAUUGCAGUUUUGACUACAAGGCUGCCGGCAGGGAAGCCAUCAACCGGGAGAAUCCGCUUGUUAGAGCUUCCAAGAUCGUCAAGAUUUGAUCUCUCCUUACAAAGAGGUUUCAGUUGGCGAAUGAUUGUUCUCUGUGGGAGAGACGAGAGGCAGAGAGAGAUAGAGAGAGAGAGAGAGAGGCAGAGACGAACUGGGAAUGAUCAAUUCAGAGAUUCAUGUACUCUCUCUUUGGUUGUCUUUUUAAAUGGAAUUUAAUUUAUUGGGGAAGAUGAUAGAUUUAACUCUCCUUAGUUGUGAAUGUUAUCAUCAUUGUAAUCUCUGAUAGAAAAUGGUGAAUUAUGCUUUUUUUU